AUGUCUGAUCCGAAGCCAAAUGCACAAGAGGACAAAGACGUGGAAUCUGUGUCUGACAGCCCAGGUCGUACUCAGGAGCCAUUACAGAGUCACACAUUCUCCCUGAAGAACAAUGCUGCAGGUCUGUCCUCAGAUGAACACGAAAACCCUUUAAAUGGAACCCAGCCGAAUCCAUUUGUAUACAGCAGUGUCCCUGCUGUUCCCCAUGCAGGCAAUUCAUUGCCUUCAGGAGCACUUGUUAAUGGACCUGGUUCACACCCCACCUCAGAGGUACACUGUGUCCUGAACAAAGGCACUGUUUUAUCCAACAAUGUCCUGGAUGCCGCGUGGCAAGCGGAGAAGGACACAAGCCCCGAGGUGUUACCACCACCUAGUGAGCUUCAAUCAGACGCUUGGAAGAACACAGCGGGGCCCGUCGUAAAAACACUGGCCACACAGCCAGGUGUCAACACGCCACUGUCUCACUCGGAGGAGAAUGAGUCUAAACUGGCCUAUUCCACACUGUCAGGCGACAGUGCAGAGCAAAUGCACAUUAGCCAACCUUUGACAGAACAGACAAUGAAAACAAGAACUCGACGGGACGUAGAAUGGUCAGAAAGCUCCUCAGAUGAUUAUGAUGAUGCUGAAGUAAUCAGAUGGGAUUCAGCAAGAAAGCGCUCCUUGCACAAUGACAGAAGGCUGGAGACCAGUGUGAUGCACCAAAGAGACAUGAAGCACAAUACACAUGUAAAAAGUAUGUCAGGUUCUCUAGAAAAGGUUAACAACAGCUUAAAUCACACACACAGACCUUUCUGUUUCUUCACUGGUAAUGAUGUUGAAAAUGUUGACAUUGCCAACAAAGAUGAUUAUUUGGGUACACAAUCUGAUAUUAAAUAUUCUGUUGUGCCAUUCAAAGAUCUUGCUAGGAGCACAGCUUCAGACUCUGAGCACUAUAUUUAUAGCACAGCGCAGGAAGGCUGUAAUGAGGAAAAUGACCCUGAAGAUGAAGACAAUUUUAGUCCAAAAGUGGAACAGUUGAAGACAGAACAAGAUACAGUUUUCUUUCCAUGCACAAGAUGCAAUGUUAAUUUCAAGGAAAAAGUACAUUUCCAUAGACAUAUGAUGUAUCAUUUAGGCAAGCAUAAUCAGGUGAACAGUGAGAAUGUUUCACAGCCCUUUAUAUGCAGGGAGUGUGGGCGUUUGUUCUGUGAUAGCAACUCCCUCAUGAGCCACAUCAUUAUUCACCAAGACAGGCUGGAAAAACUUAUGGAGGAAAUCAAAGGUCUCAAAAAUACAGAAUUCGAAGACAGGCAGUGCCCUCAGUGUGUAUUUGGUUGCAAUUGCCCUAAAAUCCGUGUCCAGCACGCCAAAACACAUGAUAAUCUAAAGCACUACUACUUCUGUGAGGAGUGUAACUACAUUACACUGACACAACAGGCACUUGAAGCACACUUACAUGUCGCACACCUCAGCACACACCAGCCUCAAUAUAGGAAAAGGACUCAUGCUAAUGAGGCAGAGGAAGUGGGCCGUGUUCAGCAUAAAAUGGUUUUUUUUACUAGUAGAGACAAAGAAGUACUCGAAAGACAUUCUGAGCUGGAGCAUCAGCGAUCACACUAUGGUAAUUAUAAAAAGGUUGCUGACCAGCCCCGGUCUAUACCAAAUCUGUCAGCUAAGUCGACUUUUGGACAAAUGGCCCAUUUCCCCCACUGUUCCAGUAAAAAAGGGGACCUUUAUAUUCAAGAGUCCACUGACAAAACUGUAAAUUCUCCUCAGUUAAGGUGCCAUGUUGGCUGCACCAAAAACAUGUUCUCACCGUCUUUGUGGAGAGUCGACAGGCAUGGAAAAUUACUCCUACAACCAGCCGAAAAAUUACAUGCGGCAACUGAUCUCACCUGUGAGGAAGAAGACGUUGAAAACAAUGACUGCAAGGCUUUUGGCAGCUCAAAGCAGGCAAACUGUCCUGCAACCGCUGAUUUUUUACUAUCAGCCAGAAAUCUUAAAUUAGACAAGAUGUUCUGUCAGGGUAGCAAGAACGAACGGGCAAGCGGGAGUUUACAUGCACAAGCAAAGCAAAAAUCUCCAUCAAUGAGAAAAAUGUCAACACCCUUGCAUAACACUAUUGACAAUAUGCAUGGUAAUAUAUCACCAAGGCUUAGCCAGAGGCUCAAGUCUGCAGAUAGGGAGUUAGAGAAAGGCUGUGAGGGCAGCAAUAACUUCAGUGAUGACACCAGCGGAGCUACAGGCAGCUUCUUGGAAAGCAGCGAAAAUGAAAAGAACCCGUAUGCUCGGAAGUAUUUCAGAAAGAGGCAGAGGUUGUCAGCCAAAGUCCAAAGCCCUCAUGUACUUGAGAAUGAAGAUGAUGGAGAUGAAGACUGUAGUGACAUAGAGCAACUUGUCAUCAAGGAGGAGUAUAUUGAAACUACAGUGUGUGAUGAUUCCCCAGAGUCGCCUUGUACGUCUUUAAGUGACAGCUUUGAUGUUUUCCCCACACCAGGGGUAGAACACAAACCCUGUCCAUACUGCCCUGCCAUGUUUGAGUCUGGAGUCGGUCUGUCCAAUCACGUGCGUGGGCACCUCCACCGUGUUGGCUUGAGCUACAAUGCCCGGCACAUGGUUUCACCAGAACAAGUGGCUUUGCGGGACCAUCAGCCACGAAUCCGCAGAAGGAUCCCCUGUAGCAUGCGGAAAAUGAGAAAAGCUGUUAAGCCAGAAACCCAAGGAGAGCACACAUGUCCCCUGUGCUGGGGUUGGUUUGAUACUAAGACCGGCCUCUCCAAUCAUGUGAGGGGACAUCUGAAACGAAUUGGUAGAAGUGUUACCAGUACCAGCAAGUCCCCGCUGUGCAUCUUAAAUGAAAUGCUACAGGACAAAAAGGAACAUCGGAAUAUCCUCCAGGUCCUCAACAAGGGCCAAUUCCCCUCACGAUCCUUUGUCUCUCAGAAGUUAUUCAGCAGCAAUGGCCUGUUCCUGAUGCGCACGGGCAUCCCAGUGAAAAUCCAGUAUGAGAUGAGGAAUCCACAUCCCAUAUCGGACAGCUUUGUACCAAAACAGGAGGCAGAGGCCUUCUCAGAAAGCAAGAAGUUUCCGGUAGAAGCUCAAAGAGACGCCGAGGCCUCCUCAAGCACUUUAGUUGAACUGCUCAAGAUGAGACAGGACAGUAUGGAGGUUACAACAAGAAGUGACCAGGAAGCCUGUGCUAACAGGAAGCUCUGUGAUUUGACCAAAGAUUACAUGGAGGAGACACAGAUGACCAGUGUGGAAGCAAACUGGACACAUGGGAAAUGUGAUUCAAAUAAGAUUUGUACUCAGUGUAACAGCGACUUCCCUACGCUUCCUGGUCACCUUCGAGCGUAUGCACACAGAAAGAGGAUUGGCAUUUUUGAAGGACCAGGCUAUGAUUAUAAACAGAAGAAGCCAAGACCAAGGCCUGGGCUAAAAAAGAAGAUUUUACCCUCCUUGAAUGCUGAGAUAUACACACUCACCUGCAGGUUCUGUGACCUAGUCUUCCAGGGCCCCCUGUCUGUCCAAGAGGAUUGGAUCAAGCAUUUACAGAGGCACCUUCUGCACACCAGCGUGCCCCACUCAGGGACAGGGAUGGUAGAGGUUUUGGGUCUUCAUCACAAAAUACAAAUAAGCAUGUCUGGUGAGCACCCAGAUCUUGAGUAGAGUUUUAUCUAGAACAUCCAGUUGCCUGAAUUUGCACACUCUUUAUAUGUAUAAUCAAAACAUCUUUUUAGAUUAGUCCUGUAUAGACACAUAUAAUAGUUAAUCCAGACUACUUGAUAGUGUAUAUAUUAAUAAUAUGAAUAAAUGUAUUUAUUAGCAAAUACUUUAUUAUAUGCUAUUUUAAUGUUAUGCUUUGCCUUAUCAACUUAGCCAAUGCAACUUAUAGGAUUUGUUUGUUCAAUAUAAGCUGGUCUGGCAGUGCAGAACUGUCACUGUUAGAAAAAACAUUGUUCUCCUAUGUUUGUCAUGAUAAAAAAGUGCCUUGUUAUUGUGACAAAACAUUUUGUUGUGAUGAGAAAAUGUUAUUAUAGUAAAAUGAAAAUAAUGUC